CUUAUCGCUGAAUAGCAAACACUUCCCUGGAUUACAAACGUCCGCGUUAGAUAGAUACCAUGGUUUGACUGAACUCUUUUUUAUAGAGUGUUAGAUAGUUUAUGGAGUAUUUUCAGAGUAUAGAUAGUUACACAACACGGCAGUUAUAUCUUCCUGGUGUCUAGGUUCUCGUAAUGGAAUCUUUAAGACGAACCUUCAGAAGCCGUAGGGACUACUCGGCCAUUAACCCAGUGUUGAAGUAUUUCCUUUUCUUUGAGAAUUUUCUAAUAUGGCUUGCGGGUCUUGCAAUGACAGCCAUUGGGGCUUACGUCCUUUACAUGAAGAAGAAGGUUGUUAAGGACGCGUUCGAUUUUUUCCUGGAUCCGUCCACAUUGAUGUGUACAGGGGGCGCUAUAGUCGUGUUCAUAACUUUCUUUGGCUGUAUGGGAGCUCUCAGAGAAAACACAUGCUUUCUCAAAACGUACAAUUACGUAUUGAGUUUCAUCUUUUUGGGAGAGUUGGUGCUUGUGAUCCUUAUUUUUGUGUUUUAUUACGUCCCCGAAUCUCGUCAUCAACUGGGAAUUUUCCCUCAAGAUAGCUUGAGAAAUGCAAUAAACAAAUACGGUGUCGUGGACGAUGAUGAUAUGGUCAGCUUAAUUGACAACAUACAAAAAACG